AUGGCGGCUCUGCGCGUGCUCGUGGGGGUGAAGUGCAUCCCCCAGGUGAGGGUGGCGCCAGGUGGGGCCGGGGUGCAGACCCAGGGCGUGAAGCACUCGCUGAAUCCCUUCUGUGAGAUCGCCCUGGAAGAGGCCGUGAGGCUCCGCGAGGCCGGGGCCGCCUGCGAGGUGAUCGCGGCCAGCGUGGGGACCAAAGCCAGCCAGGAGUCCCUGCGCACAGCCCUGGCCGUGGGCGCUGACCGGGCGGUGCUGGCCGAGGUGGGGGAGGGGGCGUGCGUGGGGCCCCGUGAGGUGGCCACGGCCCUGGCGGCGCUGGCCCAACUGCAGCCGCACCUGGUGCUGCUGGGCAAACAGGCCAUCGAUGACGAUUGCAACCACGGGCAGCUCCUCGCCGCCAUCUUGGACUGGCCUCAGGGCACGUUUGCGUCGCGGCUGGAGCUGGAGUCGGGCGCGGUUCGGGUGCAGCGGGAGGUGGACGGGGGCCUGGAGACGCUGCGGCUGCGGCUGCCGGCGGUGCUGACGGCGGAUCUGCGGCUCAACGAGCCCCGCUACGCCACGCUGCCCAACAUCAUGAAAGCCAAGAAGAAGCCCCUGGAGGUGAUUCCGGCGGCGGAGCUGGGCGUGUCCGGGGGCCCCGCCCGCCUGAAGGUGCUGCAGGUGCAGGAGCCGCCGCCCCGCGCCGGAGGGGAGAAGGUGGAGAGCGUGGAGCAGCUGCUGGAGAAACUGAGGCACAGCGGCCGCAUCUGAGCCACGCCCACCCCCGCCACGGGCCGGGCCGGUUCGGUCCAGUUGGGUCCAGUUGGGUCCAGUUGGGUCCGGUUGGGUCCGGUUGGUUCCAGUUGGUUCCAGUUGGGUCCAGUUGAUCCCAGUUGGUUCCAGUUGGGUCCGGUUGGUUCCAGUUGG